AUGUCCGCAUCCAGCAACACCGUCAACCUCGGCACCGUCUUCAAGGGCUCCAAGGACGGCAAGGUCGUCGCGGCCCAGGGCACCGACAAGCCAGUCCGCCCCACCGACGUCGUCAUCGACAUCACCCACUCGGGCCUCUGCGGCACCGACCUGCACUUCCUCAAGGCCGACAUGGUCCUCGGCCACGAGGGCGUCGGCGUCGUCUCCCAGGUCGGCUCCGACGUCACCCGCUUCAAAAAGGGCGACCGCGUCGGCUGGGGCUACAACCACGACAGCUGCAACCACUGCAAGUUCUGCGCCAGCGGCUGGGACACGCUCUGCUACGACAACAAGAUGUACGGCCAAAAGGACCUCGACCAGGCCAGCUUCGGCGACCGCUUCGUCGUCCACCACGACUUUUGCCACGCCAUCCCCGAGGGCCUCUCGCUGCGCGACGCCGCCCCGCUUCAGUGCGGCGGCGCCACCGUCUACGGCGCCAUCCGCCACGCCGGCAUCUCGGCCCACCACCGCGCCGGCGUGAUCGGCAUCGGCGGUCUGGGCCACCUCGCCAUCCAGUUCCUCGCCAAGAUGGGCAUCGACACCGUCGUCUUUUCGGGCACCGAGUCCAAGAAGGACGAGGCCAUCAAGCUGGGCGCCUCGGAAUUCGUGGCGGCCAAGACCAACCCCAAGCUCGAGGGCGUCAAGCCGGUCGACUUCCUCUUUGUGGCGACGAGCGCCCAGCCGGACUGGUCCACCUACGUCAACGUCGUCGAAAAGAACGGCACCAUUGUGCCGCUGUCGGUCGACGCGGGCAAGAUGGAGAUCCCCUACAUGCCCAUUGUGGGCAAGCAGCUGCGCAUCAUGGGCUCGCUCGUGGCGCCGCGCAACGUGCACCGCGAGAUGCUCGAGUUUGCGGCGAGGCUGGGCGUCAAGCCCAUGGUCGAGGAGCUGCCCAUGACCCAGGAGGGCCUCAACACGGCCGUCGAGAGGCUGCAGAAGGGCGACGUGCGCUACCGCUUCGUCCUCACGUCGCAGAAGAAUGGCGGCAGCGCCAACCUCUGA